AUGCAAGAGGAGCCGAAGGGAGCAGCAUUAGCUAGGUAUUUCAAAUGGGCAGUAGAAGACUGGAAAGAGGCAGUCACUCAGCCUUUACGUGCAGAUGCUGUUUAUAUGAACAGAAAAGACGAGCCAUUUGCAAACAUUUCAUUAAGCCCAGAUAGCCAUUGCUGUGCAUACGUUUACAGAUACUAUAUGCAAGAGGAGCCGAAGGGAGCAAUGUUAGCUAGGUAUUUCAAAUGGGCAGUAGAAGAUUGGAAAGAGGCGGUCACUCAGCCUCUAACUGCAGAUGCUGUUUAUAUGAACAGAAAAGACGAACCAUUUGCAAACAUGAUUUACAAUAAAUCUAUGACAUUUGGGUGCGCAUAUCGUUACUGUUUGGAUAAGGAACGUCUUGCUAUUGCUUGUGUUUACGGAGAUAUGUAA